GUUGUAAACAAACAUAAACUACUUUUUUCAGAAAUAAAAGAAAUCAUGAUUUCCAGACGAAUACCGAGACUAAUUUGCACAAAUAAAAGAUACUACUCAUUAAAAAAGUUAACAUGUGAAGAACCAUAUCCUCCAAGAGUAUUUUCAGGCAUACAACCUACUGGUUCAAUACAUUUAGGGAAUUAUUUAGGAGCUAUUUCGCAAUGGAUUAAAUUACAAGAUCAAAACGAAGAUCUUAUACUGAGCAUUGUCGAUUUACACUCAAUAACUUUGCCCCAUGAUCCAAAAAAAUUAUCUAGAAACAUAUUAGAGCUAACGGCAACAUUAUUAGGCUGUGGUUUGGAUCCAAGUAAAGUAAUUUUGUUUCAACAAUCAAUGGUAUCUGCUCACACGGAACUAUGCUGGUGUUUGGGAUGUAUAUCUACAAUGGCACGAUUAGCUCAUUUGCCGCAAUACAAGGAAAAAUCUGCAAAUUUGAAAAAUAUACCGUUGGGGCUAUUUGUUUAUCCUGUUCUUCAAGCUGCUGAUAUUUUGUUGUAUAAGGCAACCCAUGUUCCUGUGGGUGAAGAUCAGUUACAGCAUAUACAAUUAUGUCAAGAGUUAGCUAAGAUUUUUAAUAAUAGAUUUGGACAGACUUUUCCUAUGCCACAUACGCUUAAGAUAUCAAACGAAUAUAGUAGAAUAAAAAGCUUAAGAGAUCCCUUAAAAAAGAUGUCUAAAUCAGAUCCUGAUGAGAAAAGUAGAAUUUGUCUUACAGAUACUCCCGAUACAAUUGUUAGGAAUAUUAAAAAAGCUGUGACAGAUUUUACUUCAGAGGUUACUUUUGAUCCAGAAAACCGCCCAGGAGUAUCAAAUUUAAUCAGUAUUCAUUCAUUUGCUACAGGCAAAACUGUUGAACAAAUUUGCAAAGAAGCCGAACAUCUAGACACAGGAAGAUACAAGUUUGUUGCUGCUGACGCUAUAGUAGCCUAUAUUAAGCCAAUUCAAGAAUCCAUUGCCCAAUAUUUGGACGAUAAGGGUUAUUUGUUGAGUGUUUUAGCGGAAGGUGGCGAAAAAGCUUCAGAAAUAGCCGAAGUUACCCUGAAAGAAGUUCAUAAUAAAUUAGGACUAAGGGUUAAAUAUAGAGAUAGCAAGACGCAUGCUAAGAGUGUAUAAGAAAAUUUAAAAUAAUACAUUAA